AUGGAUAUAAACCUACCAUCUCAAGAUUUUGCAACUAUAAUUGAUAAAGUUCCUGAUCAUAUGAACAUAUUAACUAAAUAUACAUACGAAAAGCUUGGACCUUAUCAAUACAAAUAUCCUGAAUAUGAAGACAAAGAUGCAGUUUAUCUAGAACCAUAUAUUCUUCAAAAUGAGGCUAUAUACAUAGGUUAAUGGAAAUAAGGUAAAAGACAUGGAAAAGGAAAAUAAAUAUGGAAAGAUGGAUCAAUAUUCGAAGGUUAUUGGUAAAGUAACAUGGCCCAUGGUAAAGGAAGAUUAAUCCAUUAAGAUUCUGAUAUAUAUGAAGGAGACUGGUUAAUGGAUAAAGCUUAAGGAUAUGGUACUUAUAUACAUGCAGAUGGUCCAUAAUAUAUAGGUUAAUGGUUUGCAGAUAAAUAAUAAGGAAACGGAAUUGAAAAAUGGCCAGAUGGAGAUAUUUAUGAAGGUGAAUUUUUAGAUGGAAAAAAACAAGGUAAAGGUAAAUUUACUUGGUCAGAUGGAUCAUAUUAUGAAGGUGAGUUUUCAAAUAAUUAAAUUGAAGGAUUUGGUAUUUAUAAUUGGGAAGAUGGAAGGAUUUAUAAAGGAUAAUGGAAAAAUAAUAGAAUGGAAGGAAAAGGAUAAUUUAAUUGGCCUGAUGGAAGAGUUUAUAUAGGAAAAUAUUUUGAUGAUAAAAAACAUGGAUAUGGAGAAUUUUAUUGGCCUGAUUAAAGAGCAUAUAAAGGAAAUUGGUAUAAUGGAAAAUAAUAUGGAAAUGGUAUAUUUAUUAAUUAAGAAGGUAAAUCAAAAGAAGGCUUUUGGUAAGAUGGUAAAAGAAUUAAAUGGAUAAAAUAAGAUGAAUGA